AUCAUGGAAGCAGCUGUGCUGGCCGUGGCUCUAGGGUUCCUAUUCCUGGCCGGGGACUCAGUGGGUGACGAGGUUCGGGAGGCAGAGGCCGUACGGGAGCUGGUGGCCCGGUUGCUGGGACCCGGGCCAGCAGCCGAUUUCUUAGUGUCCGUAGAUCGCGCGCUGGCGGCUGAGUCCGGUCUGGACACCUACAGCCUGAGCGGUGGCGGCGGUGCGCCCGUGCGUGUGCGCGGCUCCACGGGAGUGGCGGCCGCCGCGGGGCUGCACCGCUACCUGCGCGACUUCUGCGGCUGCCAGGUGGCCUGGUCCGGCUCUCAGCUGCAACUGCCCCGGCCGCUGCCCGCUGUGCACGACGAGCUGACCGAGGCCACGCCCGACAGGUACCGCUAUUACCAGAAUGUGUGCACGCACAGCUACUCCUUCGUGUGGUGGGACUGGGCCCGUUGGGAGCAAGAGAUUGACUGGAUGGCGCUGAAUGGCAUCAACCUGGCUCUGGCUUGGAGUGGCCAGGAGGCCAUCUGGCAGCGGGUAUACCUGGCCUUGGGCCUGACCCAGUCAGAGAUCGAUGAAUACUUCACCGGUCCGGCCUUCCUGGCCUGGGAACGCAUGGGAAAUCUGCACACCUGGGGUGGCCCCCUGCCCCGCUCCUGGCAUCUCAAGCAAGUCUACCUGCAGCAUCGGAUCCUGGACCGGAUGCGCUCCUUUGGCAUGAUCCCAGUGCUGCCUGCCUUCGCAGGACACGUCCCCAAGGCCAUUACCAGGGUGUUCCCACAGGUCAACGUCACCCAGUUAGGCAGCUGGGGACACUUCAAUUGCUCCUACUCGUGCUCCUUCCUUCUGGCUCCAGGGGACCCCGUAUACCCCCUCAUCGGGAGCCUCUUCCUGCGGGAGCUGACCAAAGAGUUUGGCACAGAUCACAUCUACGGGGCUGACACCUUCAACGAGAUGCAGCCACCCUCUCCGGAGCCUUCCUACCUCACUGCAACCACUGCAGCUGUCUAUGAGGCCAUGAUUGCAGUGGACCCCGAUGCUAUGUGGCUGCUCCAAGGUUGGCUUUUCCAGCAUCAGCCCCAGUUCUGGGGCCCUGCUCAGGUCAAGGCUGUGCUGGAGGCUGUGCCCCGAGGUCGUCUCCUGGUUCUGGACCUGUUUGCCGAGAGCCAGCCAGUUUACCUCCACACCGCCUCCUUCCACGGCCAGCCCUUCAUCUGGUGCAUGCUCCACAACUUUGGGGGCAACCAUGGCCUGUUUGGAACCCUGGAGGCUGUGAACCAAGGCCCCAGGGCAGCCCGCCUCUUCCCCAACUCCACCAUGGUUGGCACUGGCAUAGUCCCUGAGGGCAUUGGCCAGAAUGAAGUGGUCUAUGCUCUCAUGGCCGAACUGGGCUGGCGCAAGGACCCUGUGCCAGAUUUGGUGGCCUGGGUGAGUGGCUUUGCCAGUCGCCGAUAUGGGAUCUCCCAACCGGAUGUGGGGGCAGCCUGGAGACUCCUUCUUAGGAGUGUCUACAACUGCUCUGGGCAAACCUGCAGUGGGCACAAUCGGAGCCCGCUGGUCAAGCGACCAUCCCUACGGAUGAAUACCACCGUCUGGUACAACCGAUCAGAUGUAUUUGAGGCUUGGCGACUGCUGUUGGCUGCGGCUCCCAACCUGACCGCCAGUCCAGCCUUCCGCUAUGACCUGCUGGAUGUCACCAGGCAAGCAGUGCAAGAGCUGGUCAGUCUGUGCUAUGAGGAGGCCAGGACCGCCUACCUGAAGGGGGAGCUCGAUCUCCUGCUCAGGGCUGGAGGCCUUCUGGCCUAUAAGCUCCUGCCUGCCCUGGAUGAGCUGCUGGCCAGUGACAGCCGCUUCCUGCUGGGCAGCUGGUUGGAUCAGGCCCGGGCAGUGGCUGUGAGUGAAGCCGAGGCCCAGUUUUAUGACCAAAACAGCCGCUACCAGCUGACCCUGUGGGGGCCUGAGGGUAACAUUCUAGACUACGCCAAUAAGCAGCUGGCGGGACUGGUGGCUGACUACUACCAGCCGCGCUGGGGUCUCUUCGUUGAAACUCUGGCUCAGAGCCUAGCCAGAGGAGUCCCCUUCCAACAGCACGAGUUUGAGAAGAAUGUCUUCCCACUGGAGCAGGCCUUCGUUAUCAAUAGGAAGAGAUACCCCAGUCAGCCCCAAGGGGACACUGUGGACCUAGCCAAGAAGAUCUUCCUCAGAUAUCACCCCCAGGCAGGCUCUUUGUGACAGACAGAUCCAGGGAUCUGCUGGAUCAGGUCUUCAAACCGAAAAAGUACAGUGUGAUCCCUGAACCUGGGAGAAGGAGCAGCAGGGUCAGCCAUGGCUGGGAGGGAAAUGAGCUACUCUGGGCAGUCACCCUACAUCUGGGGGCUAAAGUACUGUUUUCUGCUAACAAUAAACCGCUGAACCAGCCUGGCUCUAUUAACCGAGGUGCAGUACACUGCUGGUGGUGGGGAAGCUCAGCCGAUCACGUCUGGCUAGGGUGUGGCCGCCUGGAGCCAGGUAGAUAAAGCUGGAGAUCCACGUGCGCUCGCUCUCUGCGUGUGCGUUCGCCUGACCAGUUUGGACAUCGGAACUUUUACUCAGGUCGCGUGAGUUUCCCCGUUUUCAAUUAUUAAACUAUGUCUGUU